UGAGCAGCCGUUCAGUGUGCCAUUGGCCUCCAUCCCACACAGUGUGGUUCCGCUCCACUUUCACCCGGUGCCAUUCGCUGCUCCUCCUCUCCCUGCCCCCCCCCAAACUUUGGACUUGUGUUCACAUCCACGCCUUCCCGCCGCUCAAUAUUGCUCUCCCUUCAGGGACACGUUUUCAGAUUGUGGAUCAUAGUCUGUUUGUGAUGGAAACCGACUUUGUAAAGGAAAAAGAAGAAAAAGUAUAACAGUUCGUUUGUGAGAUCGUGGCGAAGACUCAUUCAUCUAAUAGGAUCCCAGCGCCGUUGCUGUUGUCUUCAGUUAUUGCCCGAUCACAUUAUUGCGUUAGUUUUUUUGAUUAGGGUAUUACCGACCAGUGUUGUAUUGUUGCUCGCUUGUGUCGAUUAAUGCCGAACACAUUAUGUUAUAAUAGCUUUGUGUUUUCCCUGUUCACUUGGACAUCAGUUUCGCUCCACUACCAGGUCAAGAUGCAGAGUGCUUACAUCGGCGCCGUCCUCAUAUUCCAAUGUGCCACAGGGGCCGCACGGGACCUGCUGCGCUCAGUGGACGUACCCCACUAUUCAUUCGCGGGCGGAAAGGCAACACUCAGCUGUUCCUACGACCUGAGCGCCACCCGUCUCUACUCUCUCAAGUGGUACCAUAACGGCACUGAGUUCUACCGUUACGUGCCCACGGAGCGCGAGCAGCCCAUCAACAUACAACCGUCGCACAAGUUUACGGUCAACGAGCUGUUCCGCAAUGAUCAGCGAGUGACGCUUUCCCUAAGCCAGCUCACUGUCUCCGCCUCCGGUCAGUACCGGUGUGAGGUGAUUGCCGAACACCCGAGCUUCAGGACUGAAGCUGCCAAGGCCACUAUGGUCGUCCUCAAGGAGCGUCUGGCCCCGCCGGUGCUGGUAGGAGGGCGGGAGAUCUAUGAGCCCACAGAACGGAUCAAGAUCGGAUGUCAGCUGCGGCAGCCCUUCAGCGGCGAGCACAAGCCCUCGCUGCAGUGGUUCCUGGAGAGCUCCAAGGUGGGGUCGGAGUGGGUGUCGCCUUACGGGAGUUCGCAAGAACAAGGCUACUACGGUCUCUCCCUCCACGUGCCAGGAGAGCAGGUGGCUGAAGCCGGCGGCAGUCUGGAAGCCGAAUGUCGCCUUACUCUUGGAGAACACAGCCUCAGCGCCUACAAGACUCUGCGUGUGCGGGUUCGCAUGAUAUCUUACGUGGACAACUACCACUCUGCAGGCUCGAAGGUGACUUACUCUGCCCUCCUUUGCUACAUGGUGACCACCUCACUCUUCCUGAUGAUGGUGUAGUGUGUGCAGAGCCUUAGCAGUGUCCUGUGGUGCUGUCACGGUCCCUUCACAACAAUGUCGAGGUCAGCAGGUAUUCCCGUUUAGUGGCGGCUGACUGAUCCCGACUACCCAAUGCCUUCCUGUUGGUGGUGCAGUGUCUUUGGAACUCUGAUAGUGACUGGCAGUGUCUGACAACUGUUUCCUCACUAAGGGUGAUGUCCAGCGCGAUGGAGUCGACCCUUUUAUGUGGUGCAUAUUGGCGGCGGCGCCUCUCCGCCUGGUGCAAGGUGUGGCCACUCACAGAAUUCUGGUCUGUGGUGGAGUGUGCAGUUAGCGUUCUUGUCGUGUUACAUGUGUAGAGUUGGGGCCAAGUAGAGUAAACCACACUCUCUAUCUAUUACCUUAGGAUACAUUAGAAAUAAGAAAACCCUACAAAUAGGACCGGUUAACACAUUUGUAGGAAACUUAGAUUUUGCUGUGAAUUUAUAAGAUACUAUAUGCUACUUGCCUUAUAUGUUUACUAUAAAUGUUGAAGAGCAGAGAUAUUCUAUCAUGUUCAAUAUUAUUUUCUUAUUUCUCUAUAGGACAUACAAUCGCGUACAAAUACACUUAAUCUAUCUGUCGCUCGCGCGUGUUGGCGUCGACGGCCUGAAAAGUCACCACUGGACCACCACGCGAUGAUCAGCCAUGGCGAGGAGGGACCGACCAUGGCCAAGACCACCGUCACCGUUAUUUCGGCGCGCCAAGCAAUAAUGCCGACAGAAAGAAAAGUAAAGACUGAUAAGCCAUGGAUGGAAAACCAGAAAUUUCCUUACAGCCCAACACCGCGUGGAGAAGGAUACACACAGCUAGUAUGUGAGAAUGUAGGGACCUUCCAGAAGUAAGAACUAUGUAGGGAGAAAAAAAACAAUGACAGGGAGCCCUUCUCAUGGAACUCCCAGUCCUGAUAUAUCUCCGCGCCAGCGUUGUGGUCGCCGGCUCAGGGAAACGCCACCCCGUCGCCGAUAGUAUUUAAUUCAAAGCAUGCUCUACUUUUCCAUCUGCCAAGUGUAUCGCAAGGAAGUAGAAUGUCAAGAUUUACUGUACUAGUUCCUUCCACUAUUAUCAUAAAGAAUAUAAUUUAUUUUGUAUCCCGGACAAGAUCCAUCGACACUUCGGUGCUGACUGCAUGGUAGAUGGAGAAUGUAGAAUGGUGGAUGGAAUGUAAUACUACGCCGUGCUGGAAGAUGAACAGUAAGGGUAUGGAAGUCCUUUCCAUGUGUUUGGCAUCACGCCUUCCGAACAUUUUGCCUCCAUUGUAGUUUUAUAAUAAGAAUACGUGGCAGCCUCUCGGCUCACACCAUCAUUAUCCAUCUGUGUCUGUCAGUGUAUGAUCAAACUGAUCCGGAAUGAGGACUUGCCAGCAUUUUCACGCCUUCGUUUUCAAACUGCACAUGAAUGAUAAUGGAGAGAGAGAGAGAGAGAGAGAGAGAGAGAGAGAGAGAGAGAGAGAGAGAGAGAGAGAGAGAGAGAGAGAGAGAGA